UCACAGCCUUCCCUCCAUGCCUCUGUUUACUUUCCUCCUUUCUCUUGUGUUUGCUUCUUUUUGAUCAUGGACAUGGUAUCGCCUGUGUUUGCCUCCAGUGCGCAGUAACAACAGUUCCUUAAGUAUUCUUUUUCCCACUACGGGUUUGCCUAAAAGAGGAUCGAGGCAGUUGACUCGCUUCCAGAAGGGUCAUAGUGUCGGACGCAACAUGGCUUUUACGCGGGUGUAUUUUGCCUUUUUAACAUGCGCCGGCAUGGUAAUGGUAUACCACUGUGAAGCAGAUUGCCCUCCUCCACCGACAGGGCUGUCCUAUAAGUGGCUCGACCCGUUUACUGUAAACGUGUCCUGGCAGAAACCCCUCAGAGUGCAGGAUGGUGAGGUCCAAUACACAUACCGUCUGAAGAAUGACGCAGACAAUUCUGUGGUGCGCACGGAUUGGAGAAAUUUCACAGACAGCUGUCUCACAGAAGAGAUGGGCUCUGAUCAUUGGACGUACCACGUUUGGACUGUUGGCAGUAAAUCCUGUGAAAGUUCCAAUCAGAGCACACCUGUGAGCAUUACCGUUCGCACCCUUAAGGCCAGAGCUAAAGUGAAGGACAUCAAAUGUUUGAUCUACCCCAAAGGAAUGAACUGUUCCUGGGUCCCAGGAAAUCAUUCUGUUAAGGUCUCCUAUAGGAUCUGUGGAAGUUCUGAGGAACAUAUAAAAGGUUUAAAGGAGUGUGAUAAGCCUUACAGCAGCGGGAUAAGAAAUGGUUGUCAUCUGAACGCCAAUGCUGUCAAAAAAGAGAUCUGCAUGCUUGUGGACACUGGAGAUGGAUUGAGCACCUUUAAACCUGCACUUGUGAUACCUCCACCAAAGCUGAGCAUCACAGAAGAAGGAGAUACACUCAAACUAAACUGGAAACAUCCAGAGUUCGGAAGUUGUUUCUGGAUAUACGAAAUCUCCUACAAGCAAUGCAAUGAGCCCAAAGUAUGGCGGAACUUCAGUACUUCACAAGGAGACACCAUGGAGGUGGCCUAUGAUAAAAAAUGCCUUUACGAGUUCCAAUCUAGAGUCAGGACCGGUGACAAUUGCAAGAAAAUAACCAGCGACUUUGGCGAAGUUGUACAUUAUGGUACUAAUAAGGCCCCCGACAAGACGCUGACUGUGGUUGCCAUCGUCAUCCCCAUCCUUCUGUCCGUCUGCAUCAUUCUGUCCUGCUACUGCUUCAGGAGGCACAGCGCCAUUAUUUGCCCCAUCAUACCAGAUCCUUCGGCUAUAUUCAAGGAAAUGAUGAUGAACGGAAACAAAGAAGUUAAGAUGAUAGGGAAGGUGUACUCGCCGGUGCCAGAACCCAUUGAACCCUGCGAAGUUACCCUCAUAAACGAAAACAGUGACCUCCAGCAAAACUCCUGACAUGAACAUGUACAGCUGGACUUCCACUCUGUGAGGAUUCAUCAAGAACAUUUUCAGAGUAGCUUCACACUAGGCUGAAACGCUUUGUUCCACUGACCUCUAGUGGUAUAAAGUUUCAAGUCUGUUGCAUCUUUACUGUACAGACCUGUAUGACUGCAGCUCAAGGAAGAACUUCAACUUCAAGAAGUCGGCAAAAAAAACACAUUUUCAGCUGCUAUUCAGUUACUCUCUUAGGCAGUGCAGAUGUCCGCUGCUGAGUCCUUUCACGUACAGGAUAAGGAAAUGCACUGAAUUCUUGGCGCUACCUAAAAAAAUUAAAAGCCACCAGGCUAUGGACACGGAAAUACAGACAAGACAAGAACAUUUUUCAUGCCUCUGCUGAUAUCCUCCUGUUGGGCACUGUGGAUGAAGACGAGGAUGAGGGCGGGCCGUGUGUUUUGGUUGGAUGGAGCGAAGGACUGAUAGUGGGAACUGUCCUUUUAGAUAGAGGAGCUGGUGGGCCCCUGGAUAUCUGCUGUACACAUCUAAGAGAUAACAAUAGGAGGAGGGGAAAGCAUGUCUUGUUUCUAGGAAUGACAAGUAAAUGCCAGUAAUACUGCCGUCAUGGCAGCUAGACAAUGGGAGGGAAGCAAAUGUGCUGAAAAGCACAUCAAGUGAUCCCUAAAUGUUUCUUAAAAUAUUAAAGAUUUAAAAAAUCUGUCUCUUGAAAUUCUGACCUGCGGUGUUAAGCAUUUUCAACCUUAGUACACAACCUACAACUUUUUGUAAAGAGAACAAUGCUAGACUAAUGUGUAAGCAUCUGAGAUUAAACUUGGCUGUCAGUCUGUUGAUUUUGUGUAAUGUGUAUGCUUGCUCACAGAUGCACCCAAAUCUAAAAUGCCACAUCACUACUAGUUCCUUAGAACCGAGGGAAGUGGGGUUUUUUUUUGGUCUCUUGUUGCUUUGAUACAUUUAUCAACACUUUUUGUUUGCUGUUUACUGAUCACUGUUUUAACAGAGAACAAGGAAAUAGAAAGUGAAAAUAUUUGUGUUGCUUGGUUGUGAUUACUACUAAUAAACCUGCAAAAAUAUCAACUCAGGUCCUCACAAAAGAUUGGUACAAGGCACCCUUUAUGUA